AUGUACGCAAUAAAACCAUUGGAUAAUAGUGUUGCAGUUAUAACCAUGACGUUUGCUAGAGCGUUUGCAGGGGUAUUAAUGGACCAUGAUAAUUCAAUCGUAAUCAUUUCGUUAAAUUAUGUUCCCUGCGUACCUAAGCUACGUCCUCCAAAGUUGUACACGCUUCCUGAAUUAUCUAUGAUACUACUUAUGGCUCGACGUCUUUUGGGUGAAACUCCUUUAAUGUUCAAGUCCCAAAGUCACACGAAUUGCAUCGAAACCACCCAGUUUGCCAUUGAUUUGUCUGCAAUGCCCACAUGUCUUAGAAGUGAACUCCUCGGUGCACUCGAUGACCUUGCAAUACUUGUACUCUCUUAUUAUGUGCAAAAGAAACAUUCUAAACUCUAA